AUGGCACCAAAUGCAGAGGAGCCUGCAGCUGCAGAAACACCACCUGCCCCAUCCACCCUCCCUCAUCGACAGUCUUGUGACCGAUGUCACAAGCAGAAACUCCGUUGUAUCCGGGAAAGCAACACCGGCGUAUGCGACAGAUGCCUGCGAAAACGGGCACAAUGCGUGUACAGCUUCAGUUUGCCCAAGGGUCGUCCGACGAUGUAUCGGUCUGGUGGGGCAAAUGGUACGGCACGUCGAGGGGCAGCCAACGCGUCUGCAAAUAGCCGCCCAGCAAGCCCGCCAGCCGAGUCCUCCGAGCCUGUUGGUAGUAACGUCGACGUCGAGGACAGCAACAUGGUCAAUGGAGAUGCGGUUCCAGUGGCCAAUGCAUGCUUGGAUGAACACCCCGUCUUGACUGGGGUCAUGGAAAGUGACCCUGCGUUGGCGCAUUUGACCUGGGACGAUAUGCAACUGGACACCGGGUGGAGCAACCAGGACGCCAGUCAAGUGGACAAGUUAUUGACCUCGAUCGAUGCCCUUUGCAACGAUGGCACACAACAUGGACCCAAUCCAAGUUCUCCAGACAAACUCCACUUUUCUCCAAAUCACAACAACCUCCAUGCAUAUGAUCAUCCCCAGCCUCAUGGUGGUAUUGACCAGAAUCACAAUGGCAGCGGCAGAGACAAAAUCGACGUGGGUGGUGGCUUGAUGAAUUUGGGUCUGGGCAUAUCGACUCCCAUGCCCAGUGUCACCCUGACACAUCUGUCCCAGCUCAGCACAAACCUGGCCUCAUUGCGGAACGCAAGCUAUAAUAUGGCCAAAGCAGCAGAAGCGUCCUCGUUCCACUCCACGAAUGAUAAACGAUCCGCCUUGAUUGAUGAUUCUGCCUUCGAUUUCGUCAGCACAUGGCUCAUUCAUGGCCAUGGGUUUGGCAGCGUGAAGGAGAAUCCUUUAGCCCAUGUCACUUCCAAGAACCAGAUCCCUUAUCCGACCCCGGCCCCUGAAGCAGGUGGAACCAGUCGAAUGCUGCGAGAAGUCUUUUGUGCCUCGCACAGGCUGUUGGAAAUUCUGGGACAAUUGCAGGUUAGCCCGGUGACUGACCCUUUCCCCUCUCCCUCAAUGACUCCACCACACAGGCCGUUCAUGGGUGCUUCCGGCCAAGACGGUGUGUCGUCUGUGCCAGCCAAUGGGAUGGAGUCUUCUGCUCGACUCGAUCCAGGUCAGAAUCACGGAAAAGGCACUAUGCAAGCCAUUCACCACCUCCUCUUGGCCUGCGAUGUACUACUCCUGGAGAUAUAUGUGGCAGUCCUCAUCGUGCUACAACACGAUGCAGGCCCAUCAGCACAUGUACCGGCUAUGGGAGACGUACGGCUGGUGCUGGUCGUGCAGCUCUGUUCCUAUCUCAUUGAGCGCCAAUUGCAAGCCGUCGAUGCCUACCUAGCACCUCACAGUCCUUUCAAAUUGCACGGCGGGGCCGGGCUGAGUAACCCGAAUUUUAACAUAUCGGGGAUAGUUGGGAACCCCUUUGACAGGGACAGAGACGUGUUGAACGAUCUCAGAAACCAGGUGCGACGGAGACUCACCCACCUGCGUCAAACCCUGCGAUGUAGCCUCUAG